CAGUAUCUGCGGUUGCCGUCUACGUCCGAGGAGUGGAAAGAGAUUGCUAGAGAUAUGGAGGCGAAAUGGAAUUUCCCAAACUGCCUCGGCAGCAUUGAUGGGAAACACGUGACGAUCCAGUGCCCCCCUAAAUCAGGCUCCACUUAUUUCAACUACAAGAAAAGUUUCAGCAUUGUGUUACUUGCUGUUUGUGAUGGUGGCUAUAGAUUCACAUAUGUUGACAUAGGCCACAUGGGAAGUGAAAGUGAUGGCGGUAUAUUUGCAAGGUCGCAACUGAAGGAAAUUUUGGAGAACAGCACACAUGGCAUUCCAUCUGCACGGCCAGUUGGUUCUGCUGGCACCAUGUCAUACUUCAUCGUGGGAGACGAGGCAUUUCCCUUGAAGCCAUACAUGAUGCGUCCAUAUCCAAAAAGAGGAAUGCUGCAGUACCGCCAUAAGGCCUUCAAUUACCGCCUAAGUCGUGCACGUCGUUUAAUCGAAAAUUCUUUUGGUAUCUUAGCAGCACGCUGGCGUAUUCUCAGGCGUCCAUUCCAGGCCUCAGUGAAAAAUGCAAACAGAAUCGUACAAGCAUGUGUUGCGUUGCAUAACUUUUUGCUGAAAGAGUCGCCAAUAUCU